AUGACGAGCAACGUCGACUCGACAAAGCCGCGCACCUUCAACCCGGAAGGGGUGUGGGCGCCGCCUCCGACGUACAGUCAAGUCGCGGUGACCCCUCUCCUCCCGUCAUCCCGACUCAUCACGCUUGCUGGGAUGACCGGGUGCGACCCCGCAAGAUCGGAUAACCCACGCACAGUCCAAGAACAAGCCCCUAUUGCGUACGAGAAUAUUCGCCAGGCCCUUGCUGCUGCCGGUGCCACCCCUCGCGACAUUGUUCAAGUCAAGCACUACAUCGUCAAGGAGACUGGCAAUGCAGAAGUUGAUCGUCUGGACGUGGUCGAUCGCGACACCGUCGUGGGAGUCGCGAGUCUGGCGAAAAGCGACAUACUCUAUGAAUGUGAGGUAUGGGCCAUUGUGAAUCAAUAA